ACUCUUCAACAAUACACACAACACAAACCUCUUCAUUUCUAUCUACUAUCAAGAACAAGCCAUGGCAUCAAAGAAAAAUAGAGCAAGGAGACAGAAAAGGAAAAACUACGACGAUGCUGAAAAUGCUUCCCAAUCUGAGUCAACCAAUCUCAACAACAUGUCAGAUUCUUGGGACUGCCCUACCUCUGCUAGAGAGAAUUCAACUGAGAAUUAUAAAGAGGUUUCUAAUCGCCACCGCAGAACCUUAAGAUCUGCUUCAAAGCCUAGUCAAAAUGGACUCACAUCUUUGUUAAGAGGGGGGCAUUCUUCUGCUCCUAAUGUCAUCCAACUAGUUGAUGAUCCGACCAAGACUAUCGAUUCUGAACAUCAAGGAUCAGAAAAAAAUUCUGGUAAAAGAGAAUCCCCUUCAAGAGACCUGGUAGCAUUUGUUCCUCCUCCAACAUUGAAACGAAUUCCUCUUGAGCAGGAGACUUUGGAAGAUGAAAUGAUAAAUGAUAACCAAACCCGUUCAUAUAGCUCCAAACUAUCUGAAAUGGUUGCUAUGAUGGGAAAUGAAAUUGAUGAUGAUGAAGUUGAAUCUGAUUUACCGAGCCGGCCUGGGGACUUGGUUAAUGGAUAUCAUGUGAAGAUGGAAUUCAGGCCAAUAUUAAGAAGAAUAAUAGACAAACACGGAGAUAUUGCUCAGAAAUGUGUGACUGGAUCAGCAAAACACAGGUCAGAAUUGUUGGAAAUUAUCUGCGGAAUCAUAUUGGAUUUCGAAAAGAAAGAUGUUCGCAGUAUUAAAGAAAGUUCCUUGAGAAACAAGAUUGCUCUUGUAGAUGGAAUAAGAAAUAUGAAAGUUGAAGUUGAAUGGCUGCACAAGAGGCUAAAUGAUGUGCUUGAGGCAAAGGAGCUUCUUAUGAAUUCUAGCAAUCUGAAAGUGAAAGUAGCUAAGAACAGGAAGAUUGUGAAACAGUCUGAGCUCGAGUUGGAAGAAUGUGAAGCGCAGAAGAAGGAACUGACUGAUAAGCUGAAAGCAAUAUGUGAGAAAGAGAUUCUUUGCAAAGAGAAUCUCGCCAGAGCAAAGAAAGAGUCUGCUACGGCAUCACGAAUUGUCGGGUUUGCCAUAACUAAAGUCGGACGCUUUCUUAAUUGCUCAAUGGUUGAUGCUUUGAUUUAGCUUUGCAAUUUCAGUUUCCUGUUUUCUUAGGUGUAAUGGUUUUAGGAUUGCUUUCUGUCUAUUUUGGUUGCAUGUGUAAGAAUCCUUAUGACAUGCUUUCAACUUUAGGAAUCCUUCGAGAAAUGAAAGAUCAUCUCAAAAGUUUACUCAUUCAGUCUACCAUUUGAUUAUUUGCCAAGUUUGCUUAUU